AUGCCUGAAAUGUCCACAACGGAUGCCAUAUUCAUAGCUAGACAAGUUAUGGAGAAGUAUCGAGAAAAGCUUGGACCCUGCUACGUCACCUUUCUCGAUCUGGAAGUGCAUUCAACCGUCUCCCGCGACAAGUCCGCUGGAGAGCGCUCCGAAAACGAAAGGUUCCAGAGCAAACUCUUUGAUCAAGGACGUGUACGAGGGCUCCAAUACAAUACACACUCCACACGGCCAAACCGAAGCAAUAGAUGUCACUGUUGGGGUACACCGAGGGUCAGCUCUGAGCCCGUUCCUCUUUCUGCUUGCGAUGAACGUCGUUACAGAAGAACUCGUGGAUGGCUACUAAAGGCUAUUCUCUACGCUGAUGACAUCGCUCUGCUAGCGGAAAGCAGGGAAGAACUUCAGAACAAGCUGCAGAAAUGGCAGGAAACGUUGACGGAUAAUGACAUCUGCUGA